CACAGGUGGGACCAUAAUCUUCAUCGGAUCAACAAGGCGUAUUCGACGAUACAUAAGCCCAUCACCAUCUAUACGACAUUGGGGAUAACUCCAGUCGCUCUCCACGCAGUCCACCCAAUUCCAUCGCCCUGAAACUCGCAAACAAAACCACCACCCAUCUCCCUGAUAUCUCUUUGUCCGCCAAAAUGGAGUCCUUUACCAACUCCGACACUGUCAACAUGACCUUCUGCAUCGGGCAGCAUGAGGAGGACCGAAAGGUUCCCAUUACCAAUGAAUUGGUACAAGCGGCACACGAGAGUAAUUAUGACAUGUUGACUGCGCCGGUAACCACCUCCCACUUCCAAUCCCGAGUGCUCGCUCUUCUCUCGACCUAUCAAGGGAGCUUACAACCUUCGGCACCAGGCUCCAAUGGAACGAUGAUGACCAGCGAUAACACACAGCCGCUCGUGAUCCCUGAGCUGGGACCCGCUGAUACGCAUAUGACCCCGGACGAGGCAAUGACCCAGCUCGUUGGCGUAACCAGCUCCUGGAUUGACUUGUGCUCGCCGGACCCUCUCAUUGCGGACAUCUCUCGCCAGGUCUUUAUGCUGGAAGUGAACUAUGCGGCCUUCUGUGGGAUUGGAUACCUUCUGAUUCCGGGGCCAAAACUCCACCACAAUGACGCCCAUUCGGAGCAGAUCAUCUACUAUGCACGAGCCGUGCAAGAUGCCAUAAAUGUCGCGCCGUAUAUCCAAUUCCACAUCUGGACGCAGAUGGCCGACACCCCAGAUCUCCAAGGAGAUAAGGUUACUGACCUGGCCAGCCUCGCGCGCAAGGAGUUUGUCAAUGGCUCGGUCGAUUCGGUGUCACAGAUUGACCCGUUCGGCACCUGGGAUGCCUGGGAUAUCAUCAGAAGAGUCUGUAAAUAUCACACAAGACUCGUCGUAGCACUCGCACUGCCCAAGCAACUUCCUCCGAUGUCCGUGCAGUCCCGCUGGUACUCGGAGCCGACUCACAUGCUCACGAUUCAUGGUAAUACCUUCCUCAAGAACCAAAAAGGCUACCCCGUGCUGUCAAAGGCACACCAAGCCCUGAUUGCUCGAUUCAUGCGCCUCCGGACCGCCCCCUGGAUCCUCCUUUGUGAAGUUGGCCCUAUCCCAGGAGUGGAGGUGGACGAGUCGUUUGAGAACCCGGAUGCACCAGGCUCGGAGUAUCCUAGCCUCGCGCAGGCUGCAGUCUCGAACAAGAGGCACCACGAUCCCACUCCUCAUCUAUCUUAUCUCAGAAAUCUCCAGUCCCGCCAGCCUCCCCGCAGCGCUAUGGAACGGUUCGGGACAGGCUAUCAGGAUUAUCUCCAAGCCCCGUUGCAGCCAUUGACCGUCAAUCUGGAGAGUAUCACCUACGAGGUCUUCGAGAAAGAUCCCAUCAAGUACGACUGGUACGAAAGAGCCAUAGCGAAAGCCCUGAUGGACUGGUCGAAGAAGCCGAAAUCCGGGCCAGAUGGCAAAGUAUCGGUCGCUGUUGUCGGAGCCGGUCGAGGACCGCUCGUCGGCCGUGCCCUUCGAGCCAGCGCCGAAACAGGCGUGGAAAUUGACCUUUGGGCGGUGGAGAAGAAUCCCAAUGCAUUUGUUCUUCUCCAGCGUCACAACAAGAAUCACUGGGGUGGGAAAGUCACGUUGGUCCACUCUGAUAUGCGAAGCUGGAAGGGUCCUCUGAUCGCGAAGGGAGCCGCUCCAGCAUCGCACUCAGCUUUGAACUCCACGCAAUCACCCACCUCCGGCACCGCGGGACCCGACCUCGUCCCUACCACGAUUGACAUCCUCGUCUCCGAGCUGCUAGGCUCCUUCGGCGACAACGAGCUUUCUCCCGAAUGCCUCGACGGCGUCACCCACCUCCUCACCCCCGUCCACGGCAUCUCCAUCCCGGCCUCAUACACCGCCCAUCUCACCCCGAUCGCGGCGCCCAAGCUGCACGCCGACGUGAUGAACCAGUCCAUCUCCAACCCCGCCGCCCCCGAGACGCCGUACGUGGUAAUGCUGCACGCCAUCGACUUCCUGUCCACGAACCAGCCCUCGGCCACCGCGCUGAUGAACUCCGGCGCCGGGAGCCACCACCACCACAGCGUGCGCAACUCGAUUUCCACGCUGCCCGGCGGCGGGGGAUCCAGCGAGACGCCCAUCCCCUUCGUCCAGACGACCUGGUCCUUCGAACACCCGAACCUCAACAUCCCGCCGCAGUCCCCGUCCUCCUCGACGAUCUCCAACGCCCACAACGUGCGGCGCACCCGCCUGACGUUCCCCGUCCGGAACCGCGGCGUCUGCCACGGCCUGGCGGGCUACUUCGAGACUGUGCUCUACCGCGACAUCGAACUGUCGACGAAUCCCGUGACCAUGGAUGCCAAGAGUCAGGAUAUGAUUAGCUGGUUCCCCAUCUACUUCCCUCUCAAGACCCCCCUCAACGUCCCGGAUAACGGCGAAGUGGUCGUCACCAUGUACCGACAAACGGAUAACCGCAAGGUCUGGUACGAGUGGAUGGUCGAGGUGUUCGCGCUGGAAGGCGCAGCAGCAACAGGAGGAGGAGGCAACCCGGAGCCUUCCACGGCCGUCGAGCUGAUGGCAGCUCCGGUCAUGAGCGGUGCUCGGACGGCGGGCGCCUCCGCUGCCGUGAACAGCCCCGAUCGGGAGCGCUCCAAGGCGGCGGCGGCGGCCAGAUCACGUGGCGUCCGGCGCGUGCGUGUUGGCACCAGCGAUCUACACUCCAGUAUCAAGGAAGGGUGUCUCAUGUGAUUUUGACAUGACCAUCUACCUCUUUUCUUGUUGUAGUGGUUGAUCCCCGGGGGAGAUCAUGGGCUAUCAUGACGUAGUGAUAGUGGAAUGGGAGGGGUUGGAGGAUAACUACAGUGGAUGAACUAUCACGGGUUGGUGUUGGUUAUUGUGUGAGGCGUGCUGCGUGUGAUGUGUGAUGUGUGAUGAAAUGAAUAUACGUAGUCAGAUUUCGGGAGUGGGGAGAGCCAGAGAAAGAAGCGGGAGGCCAUAGUAUAGUAGAGGUUACCUAGUACACAUGCCGCCUACUAGAACUUAGAACAUUGAGAUGAAUCGAGUUGAGG